GCUUGACACCUUCGAAGAUGGGUUCGACAUAAGUCAAGUAGAUCCUAAAAGCUUGGAUCAUCGAUUAUCGAACGGUUCGACUGCAAAGAGUGGUAUGGAUAUUUCGAUGUUAACGUCGACAGACGACCAUUGGCUUGGUGGUGGACAUGAUUUAAAUGGGAAUGAACGUAUUCUGGACGACUGUAGAGACGAUAUGAAUAUUUACACCAUCCUGGAAAGUGCCAACAGCGAUAGAAUACAAACUAAAAACAGGAGUAUCAGUGAGAGGACUCGACGAAAAGGUAAUUGUAGCUUGAAUGCCGACUCUAUAGAGGCAUCGCCAAGCAGUGAUACUUUAGUUGCACAUACUACCUCGGGCAGUGAGGACGAUUCUUACGAACCUCCCGUCGAUGAUUUCUACGGCGAGGCAUCCACGGUCAAUGUCACGUCGCCAGUUUACCUUCCAUCCUCGCCAAACCUUGGGGGUCAAUGUGCUCAAUGUCAAAAUGACAAAACGGGCAGUCGGAAACCGAAGCGACAAGGCCACAUCAGCAGUCUAAAAACUGCGUUCCUCCGCAUCUCCAGCCCAACUAAAAACUUCCAGCUGCCAAACCUGUUUACCUCCAAUAAGUGUUCUUACGACCUCGAACUCGCGUCGUUGGCCUACUUCCGGCCGGAGUCUGCGACGCCGCCCAAACAACGGCGCAACAAAAAAUCCUGGCAACUCCUGGCACCGGCUGAAUCGUCGUCAUCGCCGGCAACACCGUCGUCGCCGAAUCCACCCCGAAAGUUCCAUGAGUCGCCUCCUCCUUCAUCCCUGGUGUCGCCGCAGCGAGCCGCGCUGUUGAAGCGAGGAAGAUCCCUGUCUGUGGACAAUAUCACCA